UCCUGUGACGUCAGACGUAAGCGACAGACUUCUGAAGGCAACAUGGCGGUGCCCAGGUCGCGCGUGGACGACAUUAGAAAUCGUAUAACUCUGACCGAGUACGGGGUUCAAAACGUUCACACAACUGAUUUUCCAGGAAAUUAUCCGGGCUAUGAUGACACAUGGAGUCAGAAAAGAUUUGAAAAGAAUUUCAGAAUCAAUAUUAUUAAUAUGGAAGACAGCACAGUGGAGUUUGACAUGAUAGGGAUUGACUGUGCAAUUGCGAAUGCUUUUAGACGUAUUCUUCUUGCAGAGGUUCCAACAAUGGCAGUGGAGAAAGUAUUCAUAUAUAACAACACCUCCAUCGUCCAGGAUGAGAUUCUAGCACAUAGGUUGGGUCUUAUUCCAAUCAAAGCUGAUCCCCGACUCUUUGAAUACAGGAAUACAGGUGAAGAAGAGGGGACAGAGAUAGACACCAUUCAGCUUCAACUGAAAGUCAAGUGUACAAGGAACCCCAAAGCCACAAAAGAAUCCUCAGACCCUCGCGAGCUUUAUGUCAAUCACAUGGUUUACUCAAAGCACAUAAAGUGGAUUCCGAUUGGAAAUCAAGCCGAUAAUUUUGGUGAAGCAGUAAUCGGCCCAGUCCAUGAUGACAUUCUGAUUGCUCAGCUUCGUCCAGGACAAGAACUGGAUAUUGUCAUGCAUUGUGUGAAGGGAGUAGGAAAAGACCAUGCAAAGUUUUCACCAGUGGCAACAGCAAGUUACCGCCUCCUACCAGAAAUCACUUUUCUUGAGCCUAUCGAAGGAGAGCUGGCAGAGAAGCUAAAAAAGUGUUUCUCACCGGGUGUUAUAGCAAUUGAUGAUUUGGAAGGAAAGAAGUUAGCUAGAGUGGCAAACGCUCGACUUGAUACCUGCAGCAGGGAAAUUCUCCGACAUGAAGAACUGAAACACAAGGUCAAAAUUGGCAGAGUCAGAGAUCACUUCAUAUUUUCAGUGGAAUCAACUGGAAUUCUGCCAGCGGCUGUUUUAGUAAGUGAAGCCAUGAAAGUCAUGAUGUCAAAAUGCCAGAGGUUUCUAAAUGAAUUAGACCUGGCACAGAUGGAGUGAACUUACUCAUGAGCAGAGACUUUUCUUCAAAAGGACUGAAAAGUGAAACUAUUACAAAUGGGGUUGCAGUUAUUUUUUAUAUUAAAUAAAAUAAUGCUAAGAUCAA